CUCCCGCCACACGCACACACAAACAGAACAAACUUUUUUUUAAAAUAAUAAUUUAAUCGUUUAGUUUACUCAUUGGAAUACCUUGGACAAAAACAUUAAGUCUGCUUACAUAAUUAAAUGUGGGAGGAAUAGUGAACGACUAACUUCCUGUUAACUACAGAUCCAUGAACAAAUGAAUAAACUAUUUUAACUGUUCGAUAUUUCUACUUCGAUAUCUCCUUGUAAAAUAGCUUACCAUAUAGGCUAUCGUCAAAAACGCUUCACAAAUAUGUUAUUACUAACGCAUGUAGCCUCAAGGCAGCUUUUUACGAAUUCCUCUUGAUUGGUAAAGGACAUUAUCUCACCGCUAACCAAAAAUAAGCUCUCCUGGGAAGUGGACCAGUUCCAGGUGCAACCGCGGUGGCUGAGUAUUGUAAAGGAGAAGGUUUCGGACGUGCUGUGGGUGGACGCCAAAACACGCCAAACCUUCGCGCAUGGACUGUCCGCCCAGCUCCGCCUUCCCGCAGGCCGCGCGGUGCAUACUCGGGUAAUUUAGCCUCGGUGGUUUUCGCGCGUCGGCGACGACAAAUGCGCUUCGACGGAAACAACUCGGAAAACCGUCAGGAACCUAAUUACAGCACCCGAUAGCUUUCACCGGUAGGUGAAAAGUCCAAGGUUGACGAGGAACAUGUCAGGGCAAACAUUCCGAAAGUGAGUGGUUUAAGUUAAGUGUCACAAUUCAGGACAAGAUACUAGAAACAUGCGCUAGCAAGAAACGUCUGUGCUGCUAAAAUGCUGUGGGUGUGUCAGCGUCACCUGCUGCUGCUGCAGAGGUGUUCUCUCAGCAGCUACAUGCAGCCAUCCCAGAAGUCAUUCAGUUCCCACAGACAUGGGAAGAGUCACAAACUGAUGACGCAGCUGUUGACCGGUGUGUUGGUGGGCGUGCCUCUGGCAGCCGGGUUCCGGUACGCCGUCUCAGAGCCACGUGACAGACGGAGGACGAGGAUCUUUGCGGAGGGAGUCGGACGCUUCUUCAGGUCUGUCUCUGUUGGAUUUCUGAUAUCUGUUGAUUACUGGUGGACCUCCACUAUCGUUCUGCAUGGUGUAGAUGAAAGCAGUCCAGAAUACGCCGUGGCCAUGUCGGCAUGCCAUCAGAGGGCGGCUGACAGCAUGGUGUUGGGGGCAGUGCGAAACGGUGGCCUCUACAUAAAGUUGGGGCAGGGUCUCUGUGCCUUUAACCACCUGCUGCCCCCGGAGUAUACCCGCACGCUCCAGCUGUUGGAGGACAAGGCCCUGGACCGCAGGUACAAAGAGGUGGAUGCUUUGUUCCUGGAGGAUUUCAACACCACGCCAAACAAAAUGUUCAAGAGGUUUGACUAUGAACCAAUUGCUGCAGCUAGCUUGGCCCAGGUUCACAAAGCUGAGCUGCCAGAUGGAACACCCGUGGCAGUGAAGGUGCAGUACAUUGACCUCAGGGAUCGAUUUGAUGGGGACAUCAGGACACUGGAGGUUCUUCUGGACAUAGUGAAGUUCAUGCACCCCAGCUUUGGCUUCCGCUGGGUCCUAAAGGACCUAAAAGGGACACUGGCCCAGGAGCUGGACUUUGAGAAUGAGGCAAGGAACGCAGAGCGUUGUGCUGAUGAGCUCAAGCACUUCAAAUUCGUUGUGAUACCCAAAGUGUUCUGGGAGCAGACUAGCAAGAGAGUCCUCACGGCAGAGUUCUGCGAAGGCUGCAAAAUCAACGACGUGGAGGCAAUUAAGAGGCAGGGCCUGAGCUUGAAGGAUACAGCUGACAAACUCAUCCGGACCUUCGCAGAACAGCUGUUCUAUACCGGCUUCAUACAUGCUGACCCUCAUCCUGGAAACGUAUUGGUACGCAGAGGUCCAGAUAAUAAGGCAGAAUUGGUUCUCCUAGAUCAUGGACUCUAUGAGCGCCUCAGCAAAAGUGACAGGGUCGCUUUGUGCCAACUGUGGCGUUCGAUAGUUCUGCGGGAUGAUGAUGCCAUGAAAAGAUACUCUGACGAACUUGGAGUUAAAGAUUACUUCCUUUUCUGCGAGAUGCUCCUACAGCGGCCUAUCGACAUGCGUCAGCUGGGCCUGGGCAACGUGCUGAGCCGUGAGGAGACGUCGUAUAUGCGCUCCAUGGCAACGCAGCACUUUGACAGCAUCAUGCAGGUGCUGAAGUCACUGCCACGGCCUAUGCUGCUCGUAUUCCGCAACAUCAACACGGUGCGCAGCAUCAACACCGUGCUGGGAGCCCCUGUGGACCGAUACUUCCUCAUGGCCAGGAGUGCUGUACGGGGCUGGGGCAAAACCCGGGCUGACAACGCCAGCCUUCUGCCUGGGCUCAGACUCUUCCGCUGGGCCUGGACCUUCUGGGAGAGCUUGAAGUUCGAAUGUGCUUUAAGGUCUGAGAUGUUGAUGAUUGGCCUGACGCGUUCUCUGCUCCGGCUGCUCUCCUACUGUGGAGUUGUCACCCUGGACCAGGACGUCUAUCAGUACCUGAAGUAGUGGCGAGUGUGUUGAACCCAUGUGCCACUCACCGAAGCGGCUCCAUGUGGGGAGGAUGAGCCGGGGAGUCAGCAGCAUGGUCACUCACACUGUUGCUAUGAUGACGUGCAGCAUUCUUUUUCAAACCUUGGCCGGACUCCAUUAUUUACAGACGUGGGUGAUCGCGUAACCUCAUACAUUAGAUCAGUGGAUCCAUUUUGCUUCAGUGCAGCGGUUCUCCUGGACACUUGGACACUUAAAUGCUUUAACACACCAGGCCUAACUGGGAAUGUUGGACAAGUACCUGAGUUGAAUCAAGUGUGUUACGGGAGUGCAGAACAUCUUUAGUAGCUGAACAGUGUCCUACCAACACUACCAGUGUGACCGGCUGAGCCAAAGUGUUAAUACCUCAGAGCUCCUCCCCUCCCAGUCUGACACAGCUCUAGAUUUUUAUUUAUUUAUUUUUUUUGCCAGUCAUGGAUCAGAAGUAGCUUCUAGGCCACAAUGUCUGCACAAACCUGACCAACUGUUAAUUUAUAUAUCUGCUAUGCAAAUGAUUUGUGACCAAGUUGCAUUAUUUUUGGUGCCAAUUAAUUUUUGUAUGUCAAGGAAAGAAAAGAGCUGACCACAUGACUGUUCAGUCAACAUCAGUGUUUGCAUGCUUUGUCUGGCCUGUUGAGUCAAUUCAGCAAGAGCCCAGUGUCUAUUUUAGCAUUCAGCCGGCAGCAGUAGGGCUACAUGACAAGACACUUAGAAGUGAUGAGACCUAAAUUAUCCUGGUAAAGGUGUAUUUAUCUCACACAAUGAAGUAAAACGUGUAAAGUGAAAGUUCAAUUUAAACCAAUUUAAAAAUUAUUUUGCUUAUGAAUAUAUUUGUCACAUUAGCUUUUUUUUUUUUUUUUUGCAGCUAUAUUUUAAUACAUUUAAUAUUUUGUCACCAUGUCAUGCUGCCAAAAUGCAGUUUGGAAUCAGUGACAUGGUAGUCAGGUACAGGGUGUCAGUUUUUCCCACUUAGGAUAAUAGGACCACACCUGCUGUUCUGAGGUCUGUUCAGUAAAUACAUCUGCAAUGUGA